GGAUAGCUGCCGCCAGCAAAUUAAGGCGCAGGGCUGCGAGCGCCGGGGCGCAGUGUCCUCCGCGCCGCGCCGCGCCGUGCUCGGCACGCCUGCGCUCGCGCUCCCUGACGUCCGCCCCCUCGCAGCGGCGCCCCACCGGUCGCCACCUUCCUGCAGCUUGGGCCGCUCCGGCUGUUCCCAGCGCGUGGAGGGAGGAAGGACGCAGAGGGGGUGCGGCAGGAUCCCUGGGCUUUGGGCGUCCGAUGCUCGUCUCCACCUUCCGGCCGCUCAGCCCGUGGUUCUGCGGAGCGCCCCAGUGUUCGCGCACCCGGCUGAGCCCGCUGCUGGUCCUCUCCUGUCCUCUCCGGCUAGUUGGAAGUCUCUGGGGCUGGAGGGCUUUGCGGUGAGGGACAGAGGCCAGUGUGGAGCUCUUGGGAGGUUGGGGCUGACUCAUCUGGAGUUGCCGACUCCGCUGAGACUGCACUUGGAAACUUUGCGCUGUGUGUCGGUUUUUGUCUCCCUUGGGGAAGCUGGACGGCAGUUCGGCAGGCCCCGUCCGUGGCCAGGACCGCGCGCUGGGGGCCAUGGAGUUCACGGCGUCGCCGAAGCCACAGCUCUCCUCCCGGGCCAACGCCUUCUCCAUCGCCGCGCUCAUGUCGAGCGGCGGCUCCAAGGAGAAGGAGGCCACCGAGAACACCAUCAAGCCUCUGGAACAAUUUGUUGAGAAGUCAUCGUGUGCCCAGCCCCUGGGCGAACUGACCAGCCUGGAUGCUCACGGGGAGUUUGGUGGCGGGGGCAGCAGUAGCCCAUCCUCCUCCUCUCUGUGUACUGAGCCGCUGAUCCCCACCACCCCCAUCAUCCCCAGUGAGGAAAUGGCCAAAAUUGCCUGCAGCCUGGAGACCAAGGAGCUCUGGGACAAAUUCCACGAGCUGGGAACAGAGAUGAUCAUCACCAAGUCGGGCAGGAGGAUGUUUCCCACCAUCCGAGUGUCAUUUUCGGGUGUGGAUCCUGAGGCCAAGUACAUAGUCCUGAUGGACAUCGUACCCGUGGACAACAAGAGGUACCGCUAUGCCUACCACCGGUCCUCCUGGCUGGUGGCUGGCAAGGCAGACCCGCCGCUGCCGGCCAGGUUGUACGUACACCCAGACUCUCCUUUUACUGGUGAGCAGCUACUCAAACAGAUGGUGUCUUUUGAAAAGGUGAAACUCACCAACAAUGAACUGGAUCAGCAUGGCCAUAUAAUUUUGAACUCAAUGCACAAGUACCAGCCACGGGUGCACAUCAUUAAGAAGAAAGACCACACAGCCUCGUUGCUCAAUCUGAAGUCUGAAGAAUUCAGAACAUUCAUCUUCCCAGAGACCGUUUUCACAGCAGUCACUGCCUACCAGAAUCAACUGAUAACCAAGCUGAAAAUAGAUAGCAACCCUUUUGCCAAAGGAUUCCGGGACUCCUCCAGGCUCACUGACAUUGAGAGGGAAAGUGUGGAGAGCCUGAUCCAGAAGCAUUCCUAUGCCCGCUCACCCAUCCGUACCUAUGGAGGAGAAGAGGAUGUGCUGGGGGAUGAGGUUCAGACAACACAGAAUCGAGGGUCAGCCUUUACAACGUCUGAUAAUUUGUCUCUCAGCUCCUGGGUAUCAUCUUCAUCCAGUUUUCCUGGAUUUCAGCACCCCCAGUCCCUGACUGCACUUGGCACCAGCACAGCAUCCAUAGCAACACCCAUUCCUCAUCCUAUACAAGGUUCAUUGCCACCAUACAGCCGACUCGGGAUGCCUCUGACACCAUCAGCUAUUGCCAGCUCGAUGCAGGGGAGUGGCCCGACAUUCCCCUCAUUCCACAUGCCCCGGUACCAUCACUACUUUCAGCAGGGGCCCUAUGCUGCUAUCCAAGGACUGCGCCAUUCCUCUGCGGUGAUGACACCGUUUGUAUGACUCUUCUAAACCUUGGAGAAUCCAGAUCCAGAAUGUGCAAAUGGGUAUGGAAAUA